GUGUCCCGAAAAGACCUUCGUUCUACGAGUCAAGAUUAUUCUGGAUUCAGUAUCUAGAUCUAAAGUUAAAUUUCAAGCAACAGUAGUGAGUUCGAAGUGGAUUUGGAAGCAUCAUUUUUAAUAUAAAAGUGAUAGUAAAUCAUGGCACCAACGUUGCAAUCCUUUAUGCAUUCGUUUAAUAAUAGAUUGGAAGCACCUGUAAGACAACACUUGAAAAAUGUUUACGGAUGUUUAUCAUUGUCUACGGUAUCAGCCGCUAGUGGCGCGUACAUUCAUAUGUACACCGAUUUCCUUCAAGCAGGAUUACUGACCACCAUCGGAGCUCUUGGACUUCUCUUUGCUCUUCUAUCCACACCAGAUAAUGAUAAAAAUCAAAAAUUACGUCUUGGAUAUCUUCUCGGUUUUGCUUUCCUCUCUGGACUCGGAAUGGGCCCUCUUUUGGAAGCAGUCAUCUCUGUUGAUCCUAGUAUCGUUGUAACUGCAUUAGUUGGUACAACUCUGAUGUUCGUUUCCUUCAGCAUCUCAGCAAUCCUAGCAGAACGAGGCCGCUGGUUGUACUUUGGAGGAACUCUAAUGACGAUGUUGAAUGCUAUCCUCUUGAUAUCAUUGGCAAAUCUAUUCUUGCGCUCUCCUAUCGUCCAUCAAAUUCAUCUGUACUUAGGGCUGUUGGUCAUGUCCGGAUUUGUUCUUUAUGACACACAGCUCAUCAUUGAGAAACGUCGAAUGGGAAGCAAGGACUUUGUUGCCCACUCUCUCGACCUGUUCAUUGAUUUCAUUGGAGUCUUUCGCCGGCUUCUCAUCAUACUCACCCAGAAGGAACAACAAAAUCGCAAACGCAAAGAUUAAAGGGUCGGGAGAGUACUACGAGAAGGAGGAGGAUCACAACAUUCAGUAAAUCCAUGUACUAGAAGUCUUCAUCUAUCCAAACAUAUAUAUUAUAUACAAAUAUUCUAUUAUUUCAUACAAGAGAACAUACAUACUAUGAUACUAUAUUUACUACACAAAACGUAUAAAACUUGAUAAUAAACUAAGAGGUUCAGAUUUCAGGCCCAUGUCGUAUCUCGUCGCUAGUUUUCUUCUGGAUUGAGAAGGCUUCGGUAUUUCUCUCUUUAUAUGUUGAUUAAAUUUGUAGACCAAAGUAUUGAGUGAUCUGCUAAUCCCAAGAAUUCUUUUUUAUGUUUGUCUCCUUGUUUUAUAUUUUGUACUAACCAUUACAGGGCCCUAAGAAAAUCUAGUGUUGCUGUAGGUAAGCUUUGGAUGUGAUUGGAAUUGCUCACUGAAUUCGAGGGAUCCACUUGAGGCAGUUAUGCUCUGUUAGCAAGUGCGUCUUGGGAUGGAAUCUGUUCCUCGAUUAUUCAUUCGUUAAUUAAUGUACAAUAAAAAUGGAGAAAACUAUUUAUAAUUAUAUUCUUUUCUGGGAGGACAAUACAAUAACCACAUGUAAUUAUUAUAUCAAUUCACACGUUCUUUGGUAUCACGUAAUUCUGUCUGCUGAUUUGAUUUAGAAGUGAUCAAUAAAUUUAAUGUACUUCGUU